AGUUCCCCUCCAGCUUCUGUCUUUAUGGGCAUGUUAAUGUAGCUUCAGAGAAACACCUUUGGGUCUGGGUAGCGACAUGGGCUCCGGGGACAGUUUGAGCAAAAUCGCCGUGCUGAUCGGAGUCUUUGUGGUUUUGACGGUGCAAGCUGUUCCUACACGUACCGGUGAUUAUGCAGAUGGUGGUGAACUGAGGGACGACAUACUUGAGAUCAAUAGAGGGUUAAACCACCUGUUUGAGGGAGACAUCGCUAUUGAUCCCAGCAGGAAUGCAAUCCUCAAUCAAACACUGAGAUGGAAGUUUCCCAUUCCCUACACCUUAACUGAUUCUUUAGAACUGAAUGCUAAAGGUGUGAUCCUCCAGGCUUUUGAGGAGUACCGUUUGAGAUCCUGCGUGGACUUCAAGCCCUAUGAGGGAGAGAGCAGCUACAUCUCCUUCACCAAGCUGUCUGGAUGCUGGUCGUAUGUUGGAGACGAUAGAACAGGCCAGAAUGUGUCCAUUGGAGCCAGGUGUGACACCAAGGCCAUUGUGCAGCACGAGCUCCUCCAUGCUCUGGGCUUUUACCACGAACAGUCUCGCUCAGACAGAGAUGACUAUGUCAAAAUCUGGUGGGACCAGAUUGAAGAAGGGAAGGAGCACAAUUUCAACAAGUAUGAGGAUGACUUCAUCACUGAUCUGAACACACCAUAUGAUUACGAGUCCAUCAUGCACUACAGGCCUCUGUCGUUCAACAAGAACGACAGCAUCCCCACAAUCACCACCACCAUACCGUAUUUCAAUGAGGUCAUUGGCCAGCGGCUGGACUUCGGUGCUGUCGACAUCACCAGGCUCAACCGCAUGUACGACUGUGCCAACAUACUCACUCUCUUGGACCAGUGCUCCUUUGAGCUGAUCAACAUCUGUGGAAUGAUCCAGAACGAGGAGGACAACGCAGACUGGGUCCAGAUGCUGAGCAGUCCUGCUGAUAUGGACCACACCGUGGCAGGGCUCUGUAGAGAUUCUGGCUACUUCAUGAAGUUUGACACAUCUUCCGGCGCGGUGGGAAGCAGCGCCUUGCUGGAGUCACGUAUCCUCUAACCCAAGAGAGACGGGCAGUGCCUGCAGUUUUUCUACAAGAUGACUGGAGCAGCUGGGGACAAACUGGUGAUAUGGAUCAAGACUGACGAUGGGACCGGGACUGUGCGCAGUGUCAGGAAGAUCCACACCAUUGCAGGAAGUGGAGAUGCUGCCUGGAAAAUAGCCCAUGUGACUCUCAAGGUGACAGAGAAGUUCCGCUAUUUCUUCCAAGGUGUCAGAGGAUCGUCCGGCUCUUCGGGUGCCAUCUUGAUCGACGACAUCACCCUUACUGAAACAAUUUGCCCCAGCGCCGUCUGGCAAAUCCACAACUUCACCGGUGUUCUCGCCAACACUCCUCUUGGCGGUUCGUUGAAAAGCAAGUGCUUCUUCAACUCAGAGGGCCACUCAUUCGGUAUCAGUGUUUACCCGAAUGGAAAGGAGAGUGACUACCCAGACUAUGUUGGCAUGACCUUGCACCUCUGCGGUGUGGGUGAUGAUGCAGUGAUACAGUGGCCAGCUGAAAACAGGCAGGCAACCAUCGUUGCCAUGGACCAGGACCCUGAUGUGAAACUGAGAAUGUCUUCUACAAGAAGCUUCACAACAGACACUCAUCCUCGUUGGAACAGACCAACAGCUACUUCAGGUGCAGUGAGAUGGAAAUGAGACCGGAGGUUUCAAAACACAGAGAAGCCCGUGCCGCCAACCCCUAUCAUUCCAACCCUUGUUUCAACGGAGGCGUGUGUGUGGAGAGUGAAGGGAAAGCCUCAUGCAGGUGUGUGUCAACCCAGACCACCUACUACGCUGGUAAGAGGUGUGAAGAACUGAACAUAGACAGAGGCAUCGUGGGAGCUCUCAUUGGUGGCGCAGCAGGGACCGUGAUUCUGACACUGGCUAUCUUCACCGUCAUCAGGAGAGCUCAGUGAAACACGUGUCUUCUGCAUUCAUUCAGCAGUGGAAUCACAGAAAAAAAUGCUGCCAAUAUUGGAGAGAGAAGUGUUUAUAGACUUUUCUUUUUUGGACACUAAUUGCAUCGCAAGCCCCGUAUUUUGUGUGUCCCUACAUGAAACAAAUCUGUAGAAAUGAAGCCCCAAUCAGAGCAAGAGUUUGUUAAAUUUGUGCGGUAUGUGGUUUAGAUUGAGAUUGAAACUUCGCAAACAUGCAUAGUAUAAUGAACAACGAAAGACAUUAUAUUCUUUGCCUUUAUUACAAUGCAUAUGUUUAUACAUACAGCGGUUAGACACACAUGGUAUACAGGUUAUAGUUCAAGUAGAAAUGUGUUAAUUUACAUUUAAAUGAUCAAACCAUGCCAAACUUGUAAAAACAAUUUCUAUGUUCUAAAUACAAUCAGCUUAAACUAGUCGUACAGAAUGCACACCAUCCAAUAAUGUGGUUUGAGUCAGUAAUAAUCUAAAGCCCCUCCUUAAAGCAGCUAAAUACAGUAAUAAUUUAGUAUUGUGUUUCAUUUCUUUGGCACUCAUAAUGGAAAAUAAUCUGUAUCUACUUUACCCUUUAAAGAAUGUAUGCAUUAGCUAGAUUUACAUAUUAAUCCCCGGAGGGGAUGUUU